AAUUUGUAUAAGUCUGGCCUAAUACGAUUUACAUUUUCGGUAUUAUUUAUGAAAAGAAUAAAUAGUCCAAAAUCUCUUGUCCAACUUCUCCAAAGACCAAGUAGAACCCAAAAUCAUGGGCCGCAAGAGAGACAGAACCCACUUCAAUCGCCACGUCCCGUACUCCUUCCCCAAGCGCCGCCGUCCAACACCAAUCACCGACGAUCCAUUGCCGGUGCCGGAAGACAACUCAUCGUCCACCAAGCAACAGCCGGCUACUGUGGUGGUUAUUGGGGUUCCUUCUGAAUGCUCUGUGCUCGACAUUAAAUCUCGUUUUGAGAUUUAUGGAUCCAUCUCUCGAACUCGUAUGGACCCUAAUGGUCUCGCUCAUAUCACUUUCCGUUCCAAUGAUUCUGCCCAAUCUGCUGUUGAAGCUGCCGAAGAUUCAUCUUUCCCCAUUACUCUCCACUCCAAGCCUGUUCAGGUAAUAUGGGCAACUGACCAUGCAUCACAGUGGAAAGAAGGUGUGAUGCGAAAGGAUGAACUAUCCACAUCAACGGUUGCAUCGAAGCUAGUUAAAGCAGAAGUGCCACUAAGUAGGCACGGAAGAAGUAAUCGACUGGGAUCAGCAAUUGUGAACCCCCGAGAUGAGGAUAAUGAUAAUGCUGGCGGUAAUGUUCGUGCACAUGUUAGUACAAGGCUGGUUGAGCCUUACAAGGGUAGGGAAAUUGUUGCCUAUGAUGAUAUUUUGUAACUUAAGGUCGUUGUUUGAGGGAUUGCCUCACUUGUAACAUUAGCUAUAUGGCUUUAGGUAAAUGUUGAGUUUUUAUUGCAGAUUAGUUGGGUGAUUUUCAGUUCUAGUUGUUCUUUCAAAUAAGGUUCCUAUCUUGUUUGUUUUUCUUCUGUGUGUAAUACUAGCACUAAAAAAUGAUCAUGUACGUAAGAUUUUUUUUUCCAUUUGAGUAUGUAAUUCAUGUAGGCUUCUGUCUUAGCAAAUAAGAUGCUGGUCCUUGAUUUGGAUUUUGUCGAAAAGAUAGAUGUUACUACACUUGGGUUCCUCAAUACUUGUACUUGCACCAUACUGCUUGGAAGAAGUUUGCAGCGUUGAUGAGUUUUCACAUUACAUUUUUAGGAUUCUCCUACGUAAAGGGGAUGUAGAAGAAUCUGCUUUUUCUGUCAUGGCUUUUAGCUUGUGUAAUAUAUAGAAGGCAGCCACAUGCCACAUAAUCUUGUAGAGCUAAUUCACCCUGUGUUAAUUAUCUUUUCUGGUAAGUACUGAUGGCACAUUUGAAACCUUCUUGUUGACUAUUUUGGAGACAUGUAACUAUGACACAAAAAGUUGUUAUA